UUUGAUUUGAAUAUUGUUAAAUUUAUAUAUCUUUCAAAACUCUGACACCCGACAAUAUGAAUCCUCCCCCUGUGGACAAGGAGACCGCUGAGCAGGUUCGCCUCCAUCUCAGCAAGGAGGAACUGGAGCGUCAGAUGCAUAGUAUUCAUGGUCAAGGUGACUCACAGGAGAUAAAGAGUAGGACUUUUGGAAACAGUAACCACUCGCGGACAUCUGGUAGCGGUACAAAUGCUCCGACCGAUGGCCCCCGCCAGGAAUCAUGGAUUUUUGAGAGCGUUGGAGGCUACUACAUGCCCACCGAGGAUGUGUCCAAGAUUUCCUGGCAAUAGGAGCAGCUUCUGAUGCGUAACUUGAUCUACGCCUUCUCUGGAGUUCCAUCUUCAUAUAUUACACCGGAUAUUCCGGCCGAGAAGAUCGCAGAGAUGACGGCAGUGGAAAUAGCCAAGGUCCGGUUCCGCGUGGACGACGCAUUCAAUGGGGCCUUUCGAACAUUGGCCAAUACUGUGUUGCCUCUAAUUGGUUACUACAUCAGUGUCCAGAGCUUUAUUGAGGAGACCAACAUGACCCCCAGUUGCGACAGGACUCGCCUGGCGCUGGCCACCGCCCUCAGUGACGAGAUGGAGGAUUACUACAAGCUGCAAUCCAAGCUGGAGACGGAUCUGAAUGAAAAGUUGAAUCUCAAGGAGUUGGUGCAACAGGUUCGACCUUGGCUCUCCAGUCUCAAAGUGUUUGCCGGCAUGGCCUGCAGCUCUCGGGGCCCGCUGAACAGUGCCCAGCUGGUGACCCUGCUGGAUCAGUUCUCUAAUGAUCAAAAGAACGCAACAUCGGAUCUAAAGGAUAGAGUUUCCCAGAUCUUAGCCAAGGUCACCCAUACCUAUAUGAAGAUUGUGCAGCUGUGGACCCAAAAGGGUAUUCUCUAUGAUGCCCAACACGAGUUUUUUGUGGAGGACACCGAGCGUUCCAGUGCCAUGAGUAGCACUCUGUUGGCUCCUGAGCAGUGCUGCCAGGCUUACUGGACACAGCGAUACAACCUGAUACCCGACAGGUUGCCUUCCUUUCUGUUGGACCAAGCGGAGAAGAUUUUCCUAGCUGGGAAAUACCUUAACAUACUGCGUCAGUGCAAUGUUACAAUGAAGCUGCUACAGAAACCGCUAAGCUAUAUUCCCCAGGAGACGGGUCACUUGGAGAUUAUUCAGGAAAGCUAUCAGUUGCCAGCUGGCAAGCUUUUGGAGGUGAUCAAGGAGCAACGCCUGGCAGCUCAUCUGCGCAAUCUUCGCGGAUAUUUCCUGCUGCAAAUGGAUGGCUUCGCCGAGACUUUGCUGGAUAAAUGCCAGGAGCAGUUGCAAUGCAAUGUAGACAUUAUUCCCGAGAAGCUUCAGAAUCUGUUAACAGAGUGUCUCCAGAAAUCGAAUGCCUUCAAGGGAAUGUUGCGUUGCCAGCUGAAGACCUGCGAUGUGGCCACCCAGUUGGCCAGAGGACAAAUGGCUGAGAAGGUGGAAAAUGAUGUACCGGAAGUACUCCGUCUCUACGGCUACGAGUCAUUUGCUCUGCGCUAUGAGGCCAAGUGGCCAUUGAGCUUUGUGCUCCACUCUCAUAUGCUGGAGCAGUUGCAAGUGAUCCAACGGGUCCUGCUCUUCCUGCGUUACGUGCACCGAACUCUGACCCUUUUGUGGCAAUCUCCAGCCGAUGGUGCAGCUCUCAAAACUGAUCGAUCUGGGGAGCUGCGUCAGCGCAUGAUGAUGUGCAUGUUGAACCUGGAACAACAUAUUACCCUGGACAUUGCAGAACCGCGAUGGCAGUCGCUUCUCCAAACAUUGGACAAGGCCCAGAACAUUGACGAAGUGCUAAUCAAGUUCGAGGACAUCGUUGAAGACUGCCUGAGCUUGGGUCUACUCUCCUCUGCCAAUACCUUUGUGGCAAGUCUCUUUACACUCGGUCAUAUUUGCCUUAACUUUUGCGGCUUUGUGGAAUCCCCACCAAUUGCUGGCAGUAGCCAACAUUUCGACCAGGUCAUUGGGGAAUACGAGGAGGAGUUUAGUAGCUUCUUAACCACCAUUUACUUGGUGAAGCAACUGGGAAGUCCCAGUGGCAAGGAGGGUGAGCGACAAUCCUGCAAACAGCUGCUCCAACGCCUUGAAGAGUACAGCAAGAAGUCCGAAGUGCUGCCCGACUAAAGAAGGUGCAGUUCCAGACACUCUAGUCACACUUGUUAAGUUUUCCGUGUUUUUGGGUCAGAAGCAUGUCCAGUGGUUCAGCAGCCUUGCCAAAUCAGCCGUGCCUCCCGUAAAAAACCCCAGCAAAACUUUAAAUGAGCCGUAAAAUCCAUGAAGCAAUGCGGGACUUACUCUACACUACCUGAACAUUGGGCUUUGGGCAUUGGAUAGUAAGCUUUGAUCCAUUGAAAAUAUAAUAUUCUUUUUAAAAUAAAUAAAUG